GGGGAGAUAAGCGCUGUUCAUAUAUGUGACAACUAUUCCGAAGACCUGGGGCUACAAUAUUAUUAUUAAAUUUAGAACCAGUUAGUUAUUAGCAGGAAUGAACAAAGAUACUGACGAAAGCGAAAGUGAUGGAACCAGUACUGAAGGCGAAUAUACGGUAGCAGGGUUUGACCUGCCCAAGUUUGACUUCACCAGCUGGAACCCGGAGCCCCCUGCUGGGCUUCAGUUCAUGUGCCUGGUGCCUCUUUCCCAUUCAUGCACCAACUCUCAGCAGAGGAAGGCCACCGGAAAGAUCCGAGUAUCACAAACACAUCGUCGGAAACGCAUGAAGAUGCAUCAAACUGGAAGGACCACUGGAAGAAAUAUUCAUGAUGAGAAAAAAUUAAGAAACGCAGCUUCAAAAAAUGAAUAUAGUACAGUGAUUGAGUUGCUAGACAAUGGGGUUGAUCCAUGCUGCCAUGAUGAGAAGAGGAGGACUGCCCUUCACUUUGCUUCCUGUCAGGGUCACGAGCUGAUUGUGAAGGUGUUGCUGGACAAAGGAGCAGACGUCAACCAGAAGGACAUACUGGGAAACACUCCACUGCACCUAGCUGCCUGUACCUGCCAGGUGCCAGUCGUCUCACUCCUCCUCAAGGCAGGUCCAGACCUGGAGCUCGUGAACAAAUAUGGCACAACGCCAGUGACACUGGCAAAAGCCAAGCUGAAGUGCUUGGCCGAGAACAAGACCUAUUCUUCCAAGCAGAUCCGAGAUGAAGUUGUGCAUGUGUCCGAGAUGAUGAAGACCUACUUGGAUAUAUCAGGAUUAAAGUCGGAGUCGGAGCAAGUAGAUGAACUGUGUCAGCAGCUACAACGAACGUCAACACGAGAACAGGUGGACAACAUCAGCUCCCUCCUUGCAGACUUUACCAGCAUGACAUUACAGAAGAGUGACCAGCACCCAGGAUGAUGCCAAUCUCAUUAAAGGCAGAUCCUAGUGCUCACUACUGCUAAACAAAGAUCAUUACAGGUCACAUCGUAACAACCUUUCACAACUUUGACCAAUGAAAUCACUAAGAAGAAGUUGACAUUAGCUAAUCAGAGAGCAGCUAAUAAGAAGUUGACAUUAGCCAAUCAGAGAGCAGCUAAGAAGAAGUUGACAUUAGCCAAUCAGAGAGCAGCUUACAGCAUUAGUUUCAAACUGGUGACUUCCAUUCCAGACUUCACUUGAAAAAUAUGUUAACAAAAUUCUUGAUUCAAAAUUUGAAAACUGAACUAAAGAAUUUUCUGGAAUGUCUAAUAUAUGGUCAAGGUUGUAAGGCAAUACUUCCCAUGGGCUAUGCAAAGUCUCUUCCCUUAAAAUAUUUAUCCCAGUGAAGCAAGAGAUAGACUGUCGUUCAGAAUACCCAAUGUUAACCUUUUUGAGGUUGCAUGAUUAGGAAACACAUUCCGACAGUCACUUUCCUGAUCUGGUAAACGAAGUUCUGCUUUGUCAAAUGAAAGUUUGUCUUGAUGUGAUCUGUAAGAGGUGGUUCUCAGGUCUUUGUUUAGCGUUAGCGAAAAGUAAGAUCUGAUUUUAAUGAUAUGGGAUGAUACUCGUGUGUAUGUGUGUGUGCAGGUAUGUGCCUGUGUGUGUGUGUGCGCAUGUGCACAAGUAUGUGCAGGUGCAUAUGCUUGUGCACAUGCAUGUGUGUCUGCGUGUGAGAGAGCAUGAGAUGAGUGGUAACACGACCAUAUGUUAAACAGGCUUUGUGACGCAUUUGUCACAGGACCAUGCAUAUCAAUACAUGUAUGUCAAUAGUUGAGUUGAAAUACCAUCUGACCAUAAGUAUUGGUUUUUGCACUACUGGGCAGCCAUAUUCAUGAACACAUGCAGUGAUUGAUCUAGAUAAUCACAGAGGACAAUAUUUGGCCAAGGUCUACAAUAAAUGUCCAAUUUGAAAUUAUAAACUACUAAUAUUAAUUAUUUUAACUUUGCAAAGGUGACUGAUCACAGAAAUGAAUAAAAAGAUUUAUUCGUAGUUGUGCAUUAUUUUAUUGCAUGCAAUUAAAAAAUGUUGCUGAAUUAAAAAAAAAAAUCCCAAUUUUUGAAAAGUAUAAUUUCUCAAUUUCGGAGCCAGGAGAAAACCUGUGCUAUCACACUGUUUAAUGCUCUUUCAUAACAUAUGUAAUAUUCUGCUAACAGUAUAUGAAAGUGUCUAAAUCUAGCACUCAGAAGACCUGAUCCAAACUUUCUAGUGUCCAAAAUCAGUGUUUAUUACACAUACUAAUGUGCUGCAACACUGUUUCUGUGGCCCAAAACAUCAAGGACAAGAAGACCCCUGUCACCAUUAACAUGAUUCUAACAUGACCAAAUAGGAAACUCUGUGUAUAUGCUUGUUAUAGGUGUGUGUGCUUGUUUGGGGGCGGCAGGUUAAGCCACAAUCCUAAAGCAAAUGCUACUGUAUUAUCAGGCUUAAGCACAGCUGCUAGCCUGCAACAGUUCAAGACUAGUUAAGUAUAGAGGGAUUGCUUGUUUUUUCCCCAAUAUCUAGAUAUUUUACACAAACCACUAGUCUGGAAUAUGCUGUGGACCAGUUGGUAAUGAACAAUGGUGUCGAACACUCAUUAUGUAUACUUACAGGUGUUUGAAACUAUGGCUUUCUGAAACUAGGAUAUGAUUGGAUAUUUAUUAUGUCAGAAUUUAACAGAUAAACAUGUUUGCAUCCUUCACAUUUACUUAUGUCAUGAUUGUACAUUCUGAGCCAAAUCAACCCAUGGGGAUUCCGGUUAGAAAUCAGCCCUUGCAACGUAUGCUGGUCGUAAGAGGCAACUCUAGGGAUCAGGUGGUGAGACUCAGUGACUUGGUUGAUGGCAUGUCAACAAGCCCGGCAUGGAUUGUUGCUCGUUACAGAAAUCACUGGAUUAUCUGCUCAAGAUUUGAUUAUUUACUAGGUGCUGUUAUAUAGCUGGAAUAUUGCUGAGUGCGGUGUUAAACAACAAACGCACAUGCUGAACCAGUCCCUCAGAUUUAGUAUAGUUUUAUUUUUCUGUUACUUUCAAGUUUAGUUAACGGUCACAGAAUUGUUAACAUACUUGUACUUGUAUGUUUUUGAAAUUCAUGUUUAUGUGAUAUCCAUUUGAAGAAUAUCUUAUAUUUUUGGCCUCUAUUUAUUGUAUACUCACUGCCAAAAGAAACGCAAACCAUAGAAACAUAGAGAGAAGUAUGUAUGUUAAGAAGACAUGUUUCCAGUGUGUACCGCUUAAUGACAAAACUAACCAUCAGUCAAGUGAUACCACAGUAUCUUUAUUCUUAUCACGAUAUGCUGCACGUGAUUUCCAAAGUUUACAGGCUAAUCCCCCACGAGACAAAUGGUGCAUCUCAAGUCAAGGAUCUAUGACGUCAUGUGAUGCGUUUAAGAGCGUCAGUUCACACACCAUAACAAUGUUUGUUUGUCCAUUGAACCAAUCUAAUAUCUCCUAAAUAUGAGUAAUUCUUCACAUAUGAACCAACAUGUAUGGUAUUCGCGUUUCUUUUAACAGUGAGAAUGUGUCUGAUGUAUCCUUUAAUGGCAUAUCUGGCUUGUCCCUGUACAAAGCUGUGUUUGUGCGCAGGGCAGCCCAGUGGUUAAAUGAUCUCUCAUUAUACCAAGGACCUGGAUUUGAUGCUACACAUAGGUCUACAGUGUAAAACCGUUUUCUGAUGUUCCCUCCUGAGAGUGGAGCAAUACCUCUCACACACUCCCAGAAAUGGCUUGUCAUUUGUUUAUCUUUCAUUUUUGAGCUUCAUACCUUUCAAGGGCUGUCAACAGAUUGCCGGCCUUAGAGAUUUGUUGAGUUUACCCUGAAGGUAUUGACAUGACUCAAGAAGAAGCAUUUGUAUUACUUUUAUACAUAUUUGUUGUGUAUUGUAAAUGAAACAAAUAUAUAGAAUUGGACGUA